CCAUUGGUUGCGACAGCAUAAACAGUUGACGCAACACGGAAGUUACUGUUUCUUGUGGCGGAAGCAUAGACAGUGAAGGGAGGAAGGUGUACUGUAACGUUAAUGUAAUGCAGAGUGACCGUUUCUACUUUAACAAUAACUAGAAUUAGUUGUAGAGAGGAACAUUUCACAGUAAGAAAAUGAAAUGGUAUAUUACAGUUGUGUUGCAGUUUUUCUUGGCGGGGCACAUCAAUAGUUGGGAUGAUGGCAGCGUGCUGCUGCGGGACAUCCAGGUGUUGACUCUGUACAAGGGUCGCUACACCACAGCGAGGCGCUCCAGCCCAGUGCCUCAGCUCCAAUGUGUUGGAGGCUCUGCGGGGUGCCAGGCCUUCGUCCCAGAGGUGAUCCAGUGUCAGAACAAAGGCUGGGAUGGGGUGGAUGUACAGUGGGAGUGUAAGACUGAUCUGGACUAUGCCUACCGAUUUGGUCGCAUUGAGGUGAGCUGUGAGGGCUACAGUCAUCCCGCUGAUGCCUACGUACUAAAGGGCUCCUGUGGGCUGGAGUACACACUGGAACUGACCACAGAGGGCCAGAGGACCAAACAAGGCAGCAGGGGUUCAAGUGGAGGUCUGGGGGGCUUUGCCUCCAGUUUUUUCAGCGGUUUCUCUGGAAACAAGCAGCAACACCACCAGCAGAGCCACCAGAGCUCAUACCCCUCAGGCAGCGAGGACUCAGGAGGCCUGCUGGUGGUCGUUGUGCUUCUGAUCUUAGCCUACGGCGUCUACAAGCUGUUCCUCAGCGGGAACACAGGCCAGUCGGGGCAGGACAGCGGACAGGCUGGUUCCCCCAGAGAUAAUCACCAUGGCUCGACCGCAGGGCCACCACCCCCGGGAUUUAAACCUGACUUCACAGGCAAUUGUGGUGCCAACCCAGGCUACGGUUUCCACAGUGACUACACUCAGGGACAACAGUACCCACGAGGCCAAGGUGCUCCUGGCACAGGCGGAGGCUUCUGGACCGGCAUGGGAACAGGAGGGGUGCUGGGAUAUCUCUUUGGCCGUCAGAGAAGCCAGCCCUACAACUAUAACCAGUCGGCUUACACUGACAGCAGACGUCCUCCUGCUGGAGCCUCCACCUUUUCCUCUGGGACACGCACUGCUUCAGGUUUUGGAGGAACCAAGAGAAGGUAGAAGCUGAUGAGGUGGACAGAUGAUGGAUGGCACUGAGAAGAAUAAAAGACACAGUUUGUGGCUGGAGGAAGGUCAAACAUGAUGAAAACAUCACGAGAAGACACUCUCUUCAUGCAGAAAUUAAUUUGUCCAACACAUAGUAAACUUUACUUAGUUUUAUCUCCUCUGGA